UUAUUUCCAUUUUUAUUUGUUAAGGGAUUUAUAUCUUUCUUCAGUCUGCAUUGUCACUGUGGGUGUGAGAAUGUGAAACUAUUUUCAUGUCCAGCAACGAAGCCAUCCAUGCUGAAUGUCCACUUGGUUCCUCACACACAUGAUGAUGUGGGCUGGCUAAAGACUGUGGAUCAGUACUAUUAUGGAGGCCGUAAUGAUAUCCAGCAUGCUGGGGUUCAGUACAUCCUGGACUCAGUGGUGUUGGAGCUGCAGAAGGAUCCAGCACGCAGGUUCAUCUAUGUGGAGACGGCGUUCUUCUACCGCUGGUGGAAAGAACAGGACCAGGAGACACGGAACAUCGUCACCCAGCCGGUGGAGCAAGGUCAGUUGGAGUUUGUUAACGGAGGUUGGUGUAUGAGUGAUGAAGCCAGCACACACUACAGUGCAGUAAUAGAUCAGAUGACCCUCGGUUUGCAUUUUCUAAACGACACGUUUGGAGAGUGCGUUCGACCUCAAGUGGCUUGGCACAUUGACCCGUUUGGCCACGCUCGAGAACAUGCCUCCAUGUUUGCCCAGACACGUCCGCUCCUGCCGCGAUGGUGCAGGAGGAGGCAAGGUCGUCCUCUGUGCGUGAGGCUCGGGCACCAAGGCUUGCCCCCUGAAAUCAAGGCCAUUCAUAGUCAUGGGUGGUUCAGGAGUCAGAUGAAGGAGUUCCUAAAAAGUAACCAGAACCGCGCCCUAUAUAAGGAGAGAGAGAGCAGAGGUGUUCUCCCAAAUGGUUAUAACCCUCCUGAAGGAUUCUGUUGGGAUCAGUUAUGCUCUGAUGCACCAAUUCAGGACGACCCAAACCUCGAGGACUACAACGUGGACCAACUGGUGGACAAGUUCAUCAACAUUUCAUACACACAGGCUGAGAUGUACAAGACGAAUCACAUCAUCAUGACGAUGGGUUCUGAUUUCCAGUAUGAGAACGCUGUCCCCUGGUAUAAGAACAUGGACAAGCUGAUUCACUACGUUAACGCCAAGCAGGCGGGAGGAAGCAAAGUCCACCUCCUUUAUUCCACCCCUUCAUGUUAUCUACAGGAACUCAACCUCGCUAACAUCACUUGGCCGUUAAAGACGGAUGAUUUUUUCCCAUAUGCUGACGGUCCUCAUGAUUUCUGGACAGGAUACUUCACCAGCCGUCCGGCACUCAAACGCUAUGAGAGACUCAGUAAUAGCUUCCUGCAGACGUGUAAUCAGUUGGAGGUGUUUGGUGGCCCAAAGUCCACACACGGCCCGUUUGGAGAGGGAAACAGCGACACACUGAAGCGUGCGAUGGCUGUAGCGCAGCACCAUGAUGCAGUUCCUGGCACUGAAAAGCAGCAUGUUGCCAACGACUAUGCCAAGAGGCUCACCAUUGGCUCAGCACACUGCCAGCCCAGUCAGUCUCCCCCCGGUGAGGAAACCAACCAAACUGGAGAUGGGACUUGCCCCAGGGGGAGACGCAAUGUCCGGCCAAGAAUAUCUUGGACAAAAGAAAUUAAGUCCACACUACUUGAGUGUGCAAAGGCAACUGGAUGGCCUGACAAUCCACGCAUCAAUGGCAAGAUGUUGAAGCAACAUUGGGACAAUGCCAUGCCCAUGUAUGCUUACCUGACGGACCAAAAUCUGCGUGAUCAACUCCGGCGACUAAAAAUUGACAUGCGCUGUGAGUCAAGUGAGCCAAAAUCACCAGUCCAUCAGGUACCUUUGCCAGAAGAACCCACUGCUCCAGCAGCAGCAGACCCGAAACUCCAAAUGGAUGUCCGCAUUCUUCUUUCCCCAGUCACCAAUGAAAUUUACUCACAUGAGCCAAGUGGCCUCGGAAAAACUUCUGAAAAAACUUUUUCAUCUGAUUCUGCCCUAUCUUCUGUUACUGACCUUUCUGAUGAUCCAAUGUAUAUUUUGUUUCAUUCCAUUUAUAAUGACAUUCUUGAUUUGCCUAUUGAUAAACGGAGGCCACUUCAACUUUCCAAGCAAUCAUUCCCUGAAAAUGAAAUUGAUAAAUUAAAUGAAAUUAUUUCUGCAACUUUAUCUGCGGACAGUUCAUUGGAGGAAAUCAACUGUUGUGUGUAUAUGCUGCUGCUCGAACAUUGGAGGAACUACAUACGGUUUCCAAAAUUGAAGAUAUUAAUGUAAAAUAAAACAAAGCUCCAAAGAAAAAUCGGUUUCAAAUGAAAAUAAAUCAAACAAGAAAAGAUAUCUCCUGGAUUGAACUAUGCUUCAAAUUACGAUUAUCAGGGAAUUCAAUGACAAAACAUCAAAAGUCAAUCUGGAGAAAACUGAAGACAAAAUUUAAUACAGCAAAAGAAAAAGUUCUUCUCCAAAUUCUUGAUUCCCUCAAGGCAAAAAUAAAGGUUUGGACUGAAGGGAAAAGAAAAUGGGAAAAGAAAAAAUUUCAUUAAACAAAAUAGACUUUUCCAAAAAGAUGAAAAACAAUUUUAUAGGCAACUUAAAUCAAAAGAAAGUGGUGAUGAGACACGACCCCCCCAUGGACUCCAAUGAAAGGUUCUGGAAACAGUUGUGGUCUGUACCCGGCAACUGCAACCUUGAGGAACCAUGGGUCCAAGAUUAUGAUCAUGCUAUGCAUGAGAAAAUUAAAAGGCCAUAUAUAUCAUAUAUUAUACCAGUUUGCCUUAAAACUAUUAUAAAAAAGUCCAAAUCUAAUAUGGCACCAGGGCCUGAUGGCAUAAGAAACCGGUACUGGAAACUGUUUCCCUGCGUCCAGCCACACUUGGUGACCAAUUUUAAUUUGCUUCUGGAUUCAGGGAAUGUUCCUCCAUGGUUCUGCAAAGGAUGCACAAUACUUCUUCCUAAAAAAGGUGACUUGACUGAUCCCAAAAAUUUCCGGCCAAUCACUUGUUUAAACACUCAGUAUAAGUUUUUUACAGGGUGUUUGACAAGUUUAGUGUCAGCGUACUGCUCAAACAAUGAUAUAAUUUAUAGGGAGCAGAAGGGAGCAAGAAAGGGAUGUUGGGGAUGCAAGGAUCAACUCCUUGCUCAAAAAAUUAUACUUGAAGAGGCCAAAACUUAUCACCGUAACCUCUCAAUGUGCUGGAUAGACUACAAGAAAGCAUAUGACUCAGUACCUCAUGAGUGGAUUUUGAAGUCUCUGCAAUGUGUUGACCUGCCUGAGCGACUGCUUGUUUUACUCAAGUCUUUAAUGAGUUGCUGGUCAACUCAGCUUGAGAUGUACUCGCAAGGGCAGGUGCAGACUUCAGAAUCUAUUCCAAUUAAACGAGGAAUAUUUCAGGGUGACUCUUUUAGCCCGUUGCUUUUUUGUCUGUCACUAAACCCUUUGAGUUCUUUGCUCAAUAGGGAGGAGGGAUAUCACCCUGGACCUCCUCGGCACAGGUCCCCAACACCCCUUACUCAUCUCCUUUACAUGGAUGACAUUGAACUGCUUGCCAAAGGAGAAUCAAACUUAAAAGAACAGGUUCUCCUUGUCGAGUCCUUUUCUAAUGAUACAGGUAUGAGCUUCGGACUCGACAAAUGCAAUACUCUUCAUUUGAAACGUGGCAAGGCAGUACAAGGUGGAUCAGUUCAGUUGCAAGGGGGAGGAGUUAUUGAGCAUCUAGUGGAAAAUCAGGCCUACACUUACUUGGGAAUGCAAGUUCGAGACAAACUCCAGAAUGUCCACAUCAAAGACAAACUUAGGGCAGAAUAUAAAUCUCGUCUAAAAAAGAUCUGGAGUUCAGAGCUUAAUGCUCGAAACAAGGUCAAAGCCACCAACACUUUUGCUGUGCCUGUCCUUUCUUACUCCUUCGGAAUAGUGGACUGGACUAAACAAGACAUUCAGGGUCUUGACCGCCUCACUAGAAGGAUCAUGUCCGAUGAUAGAGCUCACCACCCUCGUUCCUCUCUCAAUCGUUUAUAUAUGCCAAUUAAUUCUGGAGGUCGAGGUUUGAUUAAUGUGGAAGCUCUCCAUGAUAGAAUUUUAGUGUACACUUUUGCUCACAUUUAUUUGUCGGAUGAUCCUCUGGUGAAGCAUGUCAAGACUCAUGAUGAAAGCAAGGAAUUCCACAGCUAUUUUAAGCGUGCUAAGGUUGUUGGACAAAAUCUCAAUUUUGAUGUUGAUUUUAUUGAUGGUGAUGUACUGAUGGAUGGUACUGAGAUGGGUGUCAACCAGGUGAAGUCAUACAUCAAAUCAGCGCAGAGUCGGUAUUUCAAGGAGAGGCUUUCUGAGAAACCACUGCAUCGUGUCUACAUGCAGUGUGUGGAACAGAACAGUCAUCUUACCGAUUCCUUUGCCUGGAUGAAGUCGGCUGGUCUGAAAAGUGAGACUGAGGGCUUUCUUUUUGCAGCCCAGGACCAGUCACUGCCCACUCGUAAUUGCCAAAAUGUGAUUUUAAAGCAAAAUGUAAAUUUUAAAUGUAGAUUAUGCAAUGAAUUUAAUGAGACUGUCCAACACCUUGUCAGUGGAUGCCCUGCUUUGACACAAACGCAAUAUCUAAAACGACAUGAUGGCAUGGCUCGUUCUUUUUACUACCGUCUUCGCCAUGCCUGUGGUUUUGACUCCGAGGUCCAUCCAUGGUAUGACCCUGCAGGUCACAUUGCACGUUGCAUUUGGUGAACAGAGUUAUGUUGGAUUUAAUUAACAAUGUCACGUUGCAUUUGGUGAACAGAGUUGUGUUGGAUUUAUUUAAUAAACUUGUGUUUAAUUUACA